CUGGGACAGGAGAUUGAGACGUGGGUGCAGGCCCUCGCAUACUAUGAUAACCAGGAAUACGAAGAGGCCAUCUCGAUCUUUAGCAACAUUGCCGAAACCUCCAAGAUCUUCUUCAAUCUUGGCGUGAUCUCUGCGACCCUGGGGGAACAUGAGAAAGCAGUGGAAUGCUACCAGCGCGCCAUCCGUCUGGAUCAAUAUCUAGCAAUCGCCUACUUUCAGCAAGGAGUUUCCAAUUUCCUUCUUGGGGAUUUCGAGGAGGCACUAAUCAACUUCAAUGACACCCUGCUCUACCUACGAGGCAAUACCUCGAUCGACUACGAGCAGCUGGGUCUCAAGUUCCGACUUUUCUCAUGCGAAGUCCUCUUUAACCGGGGCCUAUGCUACAUCUACCUGUGCCAGAUGGGCCCUGGUAUUCAAGAUCUAGAGUAUGCCGUGAAAGAAAAGGUCACGCCUGACCACAAUGUGAUUGACGAUGCUAUUCGUGAAAAUGCAGAGGGCUAUACGGUCUUCUCUAUCCCAGUUGGGAUUGUGUACCGACCCAACGCAGCAAAGGUCAAGAACCUCAAGGCCAAGGACUACCUUGGGAAAGCUAGGGUGGUGGCUUCGGCCGACCGGCUUAAUAAUAACAUUACGGACUACAAACUUCCGCUUACCGGCAUGGCUCACGCGCCGGAUGACAGACUACCAGAGAAUAUCUCCUAUGCUGCUACUCAUUUGGUUCACAAGGAUCUGGCAGGGCGAAGUCGCCAACAGUCAGAACCUCCCCUGAACCGGAUUGCCUUCCCUCCAACUCCUCCACCUGAGGGAGAAAAGGCCAACGGCGGGAAUGAAGCCGCUUUCGACAACGCCACCGGGAGCAGCACUCUGCCGCCUGCUGGUCGGUCCAGCCGCCCGCCUCGACUGGACCUUGAGAAGUCUUCCUUGCAUGUCAGCGGUCGACCGGGUGGCAGUGAAUCGCUAGCCAUCGACAGACAGCAACGCGAAAACCCCAGGAUUGGAACCACUCGCACAGCAUCCGAGCCUCGUGGGCCGUCCGCGCGGCAGCAUUCCCGAACGCACAGUGGACAGCAGCGAGGGCUCGCCCGCUGGGAGCCCAGCGAGAACCCCCUUCGAGAGGACGAACACAUACAGGGAGACAUUCAGAUCCGUAUUGGCGACUCGCGAUCCAUGGCUGAUCCUGGCCGUGGAGGCACAUCCUUCCCACGCCACCAUCGCCAGCCAUUACCGGAGGACGACGAAGACAGCGGGAGUUGCGAUGAGGAGGCCGAGAACGAUGGCGGCUUCGAGAUCAUGGGCGAGCGGCGGCGGCGCACCCAAUCGCCCGUACGUGAGUCUCGACGGGCCAACUCGCGCCGGCCAGAGGUGCGCAAGUUCCGCAUCAAAGUCCACGCACUCGAAGACACGCGGUACGUUAUGAUCGGGCCGACGGUCGAGUUUGCCGAGUUUGAGGGCAAGAUCCGUGAAAAAUUCGGGCUCCGCUCCCGUUUACGCAUCAAGAUGCAGGAUGACGGUGACAUGAUCACCAUGGGCGAUCAGGACGAUCUCGAUCUCCUGGUGAGCUCUGCAAAACAGCUUGCCAGGAAAGACGGCAGCGAUAUGGGCAAGAUGGAGACAGCAUCGUCAAUUGCAGCCGACACGAAGUUUCUCCAGUCAUUUUCCAUUAUUAUUGCGAUGACGGACCUGACCCCAUCGCUUCAGCACCUCCUUGGCGAGAAAAACGGGUCGCAGGGUGUGUCUCGCGGGACGACUGAGACGGCCGACGAGUUCCUAAAGGAAGCAUACCGGAUUUCCAUCCGGCACGCGUACCUCUCCGCAGCACCUCCUCGACGCCGACUCUCGCUCUCCAAAUCGCACCAGCAACAGCAGCAGCAACAACAGCUCAGCGAUGCAGACCGCGACUCGAUCGAUUCCUCAACCGCCCUAUUAUUGCGCGACCUGUCUAGCUCGAUUGCGAACCUGGCUUCCGCCGAGUCCCUCCGGGUAGAAACGCAGACGCGCCUCCUCGACAAGAAAUACGGGCACACGCACAGCCUCCUCUGGCGGUGGGCAGGCGGGGAGAGCGCAUUCUCAGGCCCAGGCCAUCACGAAGGAGACAGCGACGCAGGGAAGCCCGCCGAACAGCUUCAAGACGAGGAGUCCGCGCGCGCCCUCCGUACCGUCCGCGAGAAUAUCCUCUGGUUCCUACGGCGUGGGCUGGAGAGUGCCGUCGAGGCGCAGCGCGGGAUGGUCGAGAAACGCAUCGAACGAGCCAAAGAAAAGGAAAGGAGUAUUCUCUAUAAAACACAGAUCCGAACACAACCGCAACAGCAACAGCAACAACAACCACUUCCUCUUCCUCUUCCGCCACCUGAAGUGCACGAGCAGGAAAGGGAGAUAGAAGCCCAGCUCUCGCGGGAACAACUCCAGCUUUUCGCAGAGGAGAACGAUCUAAUGCUUCGUCAUUAUGAAGAUACCCUGAGCAGAGUACAGAACGCGGAAAAAUCGCUGCUUGAAAUCUCCUCGCUACAAGAAACCCUGGUGUCGCACCUGACCACCCAAGAAGAACAAAUCGGACAGCUUGUCGCCGAUGCGAGCACGACACAGACGAAUCUGGGCCAUGGGAAUCGCGAACUGAAGCGUGCGGCGGAGCGGCGCAGUACGGCGCAGCUUGUCUUUUGGGGCACGCUGGGCUUAUGUUCAUGGCUGGUUGUUUGGGAUUUAAUUUUUUGA